CCGGUAAUCGCUCGCUUAUAUAUGCUACAAACUCAUCUUCUCAUUGUUCAGACUUCGUUUCUUGCUCAUUUCUACCAAUAAUACCAUUUCUGGCCAGCCAAUCCCCCCACUUCGCCAAUAUAGUCCCGCCCCAGCCCAAAAUCAUGGCAGCAAACAAGCCAACAAUCGUCAUCGUCCCCGGCGCGUGGCAGCUUCGUUCAAGCUGGGAAGCCUUCAUUUCCAUCGUCAGAUCGGCAGGAUACCCCAUCGAAUAUGUUGACCCCCCGACGUUGGGGGGCACGGCUCUCCCACUCGCUGGUCUUGCCGACGAUGUUAAAGCAGUCCGGGAUACCCUGGAUGUGCUGCUCAACGAAGGCAAACGAGUUACAAUACUUUGCCAUUCCGCCGGAGGUCUUGUGGCCAGCAAUGCUGUCGAAGGACUGGACACAGCCUCUCGAGCAGCAGGUGGUCUGAAGGGAGGUGUCUCCCAGGUCAUCUUUGUGAGUGCAUUUAUGGUUUCAGCUGGAAAAUCUCUGUUGGGCCUGCUGGGAGGCCAGCCUCUGCCUUGGAUGAAAUUGAUGGAUGAUCGAGUGGUCGGCAAUCCGGAAAUGAUGCCAAACGUUGUGUUUAAUGAUCUUGACGAGGACGCUCAAAAGAAAUGGUCCGAGAUGACACACUCAGCACUGGGGCUCUUCACAACCCCGUCAGGCUUUGAGCCUUGGGCAAACUCAAUUCCCAUUGCAUAUAUCUUCUGCACCGAAGACAAUGCCCUGCCCUACCCGGUUCAACAACAAUUGUCCCUCCAGGGAGGCCCGGAUCUUGUUUCCGUUCAACUUGACGCCGGCCAUUGCCCAUUCUUGUCGAUUCCCGAUCGCCUCCUCACAGCGAUGGAGAGUAUUAUGGUAUAACAUGGGAGGUCGUGGUCUUGGAGAGCUUCGAGGGCGGGCGAUUAGGUUACCCCACUGCUAUGUACAAUACAUCUCCUCAAGAUCGCAGCUUGUAUCCCGGACCCGCCUUGUAUUGCUACUCAAUUAUUCAGAGGCCAUUAGCCAACAAUGCGAAUAUCUU